AUGUUUUCUUUUCGGUUUCACUCUCUCUCUCUCUCUCUCUCUCUCUCUCUCUCUCUCUCUCUCUCUCUCUCUCUCUCUCUCUUAUUUGUUCUUAUUUUUCUUCAGAAUAUGCAACAAAAUAUACAGCCACGAUACAAAACAAAAAUUAAAGAAAUCUGUUCGAGUGUUCGUAUCUAUCUAUCUAUCUAUCUAUCUAUCUAUCUAAUGUUAUUCAUAUCAAUCUAUUCAGUGUUGUUCAUAUGUAUGUAUGUAUGUAUGUAUGUAUGUAUGUAUGUAUGUACCUAUCUAUCCUGUGUUGUUCAUAUCUAUCUAUCUAUCUAUCUAUCUAUUGAUGUUCAUAUCGAUCGAUCUAUCUAUCUAGGGUUCUAUCUAUCUAUCUAUCUAUCUAUCUAUCUUCUAGUUGUUAUUUGUAUCUAUCUAUCUAUCUAUCUGUCUAUCUAUCUAUUUGUUGUUCAUUGGGUCUGUAUGUAUCUACCUAUCUAUCCUGUCUUGUUCAUAUCUAUCUAUCUAUCUAUCUAUCUAUCUAUCUAUCUAUCUAUCUAUCUAGUGUUGUUCAUAUCUAUCUAUCUAUCUAUCUAUCUAUCUAUCUAUCUAGUGUUAUUCAUAUCUAUUUUUCUAUCUGUCUGUCUAUCAAGUGAUGUUCAUCCCUGUCUAUGUAUCUAUCUAAUUAUCUAUCUAUCUAGUUGUUAUUCAUAUCUAUCUAGUGUUAUUCAUAUAUAUCUAUCUAUUUAUCUAUCUAGCAUUAUUAAUAUCUAUCUAUCUUCACUAUCUAUUUACGCUUACCCUUUUAAUCCUUCUUUAUUUCACCUCAUUUUUGUUAGACAACACCCAUCUCCUUUCUUCCGCCCUUUAAUUUUUUUUAUUUCUAUCAACAUUUUUUCUAGCCCCUCUCUCUUUCUGCCCGUCUGUCUCUCUUUCUCUUUCUUUUUAAGACUCAUUCAUUCUUCUCUAACACCUCUCUGUUCCCCUCUCUUCUCACUUUCUAUCUAUCUACUUGUCUCACUUUCGCUAAAAUUCACUUCACCUUCUCCCCUGCAAUUAUUCUUACUUUCUCUCUAUUUUUCAAAUUUUUCAGUCUUCUUCGUAAAUAAUUUUGCUUUACUCUUUCUCUCUUUCUCUCUUUUUCUCUCUCUCAAUCUGGCUUCCUCUAUCUUUUUCCGUCUCUGUCUAUCGCGGUAUAGCUAUUUCUAUCUAUCUCUCCAUUCUCACUCGUCUUCCUUUCUGUCUAUAACUUUUGCGCUUAUCCUUACUCUAAUUGUAUUUUUCAAAUUUUCAUUGACUACUUUGGCUUCUCUCUUUUUCUCUUUCUCUCUUUCUCUCUCUUUCCUAUGCAACUCUAUUUCUCUCUCUCCUUCUCUCUCUCUCUCUCUCUCUUUCUGUGUCUGCCUGCUCCUCUCUCUCUUUGCUUGUAUCUUUUUUCUAUCUCUCUCUACCUCAUCCUGUUUGCUUCUCUGUCUAUCUAUCUCCUAUGCCAUUCUCUUUCUUUAUCUUUUUGCCUGUCUGCCUGCUCCUCUCUCGUUUUCAGUCUUUCUGUUUCUAUUUUUUCUAUCUUGGUCUAUUUACUUCUCUCUGUCAAUCUCUCUCUCCCUCCUUCCCUCCCCCUCUCUCUCUCUUUCUCUCUUUCUCUUUGCAUAUACUAUGCCACUCUCUCUCUCUCUCUCUCUCUCUCUCUCUCUCUGCCUACUCCUCUUUCGCUUUCAAUCUCUCUGUCUCUAUAUUUUUCUAUCUUUUAUCUCGGUCUGUUUGCCUCCUCUCUCUCUCUUUCUGAUAUUCCACUCUCUUUCUUACUCCUCUCUCUCUCUCUCUCUCUCUCUCUCUGCCUGCUCUUCUCUCGUUUUCAAACUCUAUCUUUUUGUUUCUCUAUAUCUCGGUCUGUUUGCUUCUCUCUCUGUCUCUAAUGACACUCUCUUUGUCACUCUCUGUUUGUCUAUCUACUCUACUCCUCUCACUUUCAAUCUCUCUGUUUCUAUCUUUUUUUCUUUUUCUCUCUAUAUUGGUCUCUUUGCCCUUACUCUCUCUCUCUCUCUCUCUCUCUCUCUCUCUCUCUCUCUCUCCUGUGACACUCUCUUUCUCUGGCUUUUUCUUCCUGCACCCCCUCCCUUUCAAUCUCUCUCUCUCUCUCUCUCUCUCUCUCUCUCUCAUGCCACUUUCUUUCUCUCGCUUUGUCUGUUCCUCUCUCACUUUCAAUCUCUAUCUUUUUCUAUCUCGGUCUGUUUAUCUCUUACUUUCUCUCUAUCUCUCUGUCAGUCUUUCUGUCUGUCUGUCUGUCUGUCUGUCUGUCUCUCUCUCUCUCUUUCUAUCACUCUCUCUCUCUCCACCUUAUGCCACUCUCUUUCUCUCGGUUUGUCUGUCUUUUCCUCUCUCACUUACAAUCUCUAUCUUUUUCUAUCUCGGUCUGUUUAUCUCUUACCCUCUGUAUCUAUCUAUCUAUCUAUCUAUCUCUAUCUAUCUAUCUAUCUAUCUAUCUAUCUAUCUAUCUAUCUAUCUAUCUCUAACUAUAUACUUUUUUUUCAUUUUUGCUCUUUAUAUUUCUACCUUUCCUACCACGCCUUCUGUUCCUACAACCAUUUUUCUCACCCCCCCAUCCACUCCUCUUAUACGUAUCGUGCCAUCUUUCACCUCAACACUUUUUUUAUAGUUUUACGUGAACAGAAAGAGGAUCCGAUUCUAAUACACAGACAAACGAAACAAAUGAAGAUUGAGACAAAAAUAUCGCACGUACAUUGA